AUGUCACCAAAGGUGUUCAUCAUCUCUAUGUUCUCCCCCGAAGCAGAUAUCUGGUACGCCAAUGCCGAUACACCUGGGUCAAUUGGUGACCUCCUUGCUAUCAAUGUUACCGUCCCAGGCUUCUCUCCUCUAUUCCCAGAUGCACAUUGUCUGGCAGAUGGUUCCGUUUGUCAACUCACCACUGGUGAAUCCGAGAUCAACGCUGCCUCCACCAUCACGGCACUCUUGUCAACUCCUCUAUUCGACUUGACCAGGACAUAUUUCAUGAUUGCUGGUAUUGCUGGAAUCAACCCCAAAUAUGGCACCUUGGGAGAUGUUGCCUUCUCCAAGUACGCUGUGCAGGUUGCUCUGCAGUACGAGUUCGAUGCUAGAGAGAUCCCUUCGAAUUAUACCACUGGGUACAUUCCCCAAGGUGCUUAUGCUCCAGAUCAAUACCCAACUUCCAUCUACGGUACCGAGGUUUUUGAGGUCAAUGAAGCUCUGCGUGCCAUUGCCGUCAAAUACGCCAGCACUGCAAAGCUCAACGAUUCUUCUGCCGCCGUAGCAUACCGAGCCCACUAUGCCAGCGCCGAUACCACCAUCUACGAAGCCGCCACCAAGGCACCCGGAAUCAUCGAAUGCGACGUCGCCACCUCGGACGUCUACUACUCCGGCGCCCUCCUCGGCGAAGCCUUCGAAAACACCACCACGCUCUUCACCAACGGCUCCGGCAUCUACUGCAUGACGGCGCAAGAAGACAACGCGACUCUCGAAGCCAUGGUGCGCGCCGCGAUCCGCAAGGCCGUCGACUUCUCCCGCAUCAUCGUCAUGCGCACCGCGUCCGACUUCGACCGUCCCUAUUUCGGCGAGUCGGUCGAGGAUAAUCUGUUUUAUGCUGAUCAAGGCGGUUUCGAGCCCGCGAUCCAGAAUAUCUACCUCGCGGGCACGCCGGUCGUUAAGGGUAUCUUGUCUGGGUGGGAGAAGACGUUUGCGAAGGGUGUUAAUGCUACGAAUUAUAUUGGCGAUAUUUUUGGCUCUCUAGGCGGGACUCCGGAUUUCGGCCCAGGUGCCGAGUUUGGGGCUGCGGGAUUGGUGACGAGGGAUGUUGAGGUGGAGGAGGUUAGGGAUCGGAGGGCGUUGUAUCGGAGGUCGGCUGUGAAGGGGAAGCUGGGUGCUGAGGUGGCCAGGCGGGCGAAUGGGAAUGCGUGA